ACCGCUGCCCGUGUGGUACUGUCGUACGUUCGUGUUCGUGCUGGUCGAGUGUUGGUGGUUGUCGGCGUAGAAUGUGUCACUCCCUUCGCAGACAGGGUUAAGUGAUGCUGCCAUAAUUGAAACGCUUCCAGUUUGUGGCCAAGAAACAAGAGUGAAAGCAAACGACCAAACAGUGCAAUUCGUGUGUUGUGUUGUGUGUGUACUUGUGUCCAUGUGGCUUGAGUGUGUGUUGUUCCCUGUGUUCCCGUAGAACGUUCUAGACGUUCUUGUUCGAAAGUCAAAGCAAAGUGUCAGCGACACAUGCUUAUCGGGCAGCACUAGAGAAACCCGCCGCAAAAAAGGGAGCCCACACAACCAGAUCGGAGUGUAAGUGAACAAACGCAUACAAGAAAACACAAAAAAGCAAGUUAAGGGCAACAAAAAAAAAACACCCGGGGUAGGAGUUGCCCCCAGCAGAAGCGCGCAAAGAGCGGCAAAGAAAGUGUGAAGAAGUGCAGCAAACCGUACGAUGGGACGCGGCCAUGUGCUUCGGGACCGGGUGCGGCUGAUUAGCGGUAAUGGCAGGCUGUUGCUAAUUGCCACUAUCGUCACCCUCGCCGGACUGGCCGGGCUCGUCGAAGGGCUCGGUUGCCCGCCGAAAUGCUCCUGCCAACAGCGUACAGUGCGAUGCGUCAAGCAGCAGCUCGAUAAGGUUCCGGAAAUGCCGCCCGAUACGAGCAUAAUCGAUCUGCGCUACAAUCACAUCCGCGAGGUACCGACCGGUGCGUUCGACGGGCUGCUGCAUUUGCAUACGAUAUUCCUUAACGAGAACCAGCUGACGAAAAUCCACUCAGGUGCAUUCCGGGACCUGCCAUCGCUCAAGUAUCUCUAUCUCAACCGUAACCGGAUUGGCGCCAUCGCUUCGGAUGCAUUCAUCUCGCUGAACCGGCUCCACAGCAUGUACUUGCAUUUCAACAAUCUGAGCCGGCUGGAACCGCAAACCUUCAGUAACAUGGCCUCCCUAGAACGACUCUAUUUGCACGGCAACCAAAUUAAGAACAUACCGGAGGGAAGCUUCGAGCGGUUGCCAUCGCUGCGACGGCUCCGGCUGGACGAUAAUGCGCUCGAGUGCGAUUGCUCACUGCUCUGGUUCGUUCGGACGAUGCAGCAACCGAACCGGAAAUCUCUGGUGGCCGGCGCAACCUGCGCCACACCGCCCUUCCUCGAAGGUCAACCAAUUAGCUCGUUCACGGAGGAGGACUUCCACUGCGUGAAACCGGAAAUUGUCGUCCAGCCGAGGGACAUCGAGAUAAGCUACGGCCAGACGGCCGUAUUCAGCUGCAAGGCAACGGGUGCCCCACGACCGGAAAUGGUAUGGCUGUUUGAGGACAGUGCGGUCCGCCCGGAGUCGGACGGUCGGGUAACGUUACUGCCCGACGGUUCGCUGCGUAUCGACGAGAUCGUCCCGGCCGAUGCUGGCCAGUACGCGUGCAUUGCCCGCAAUACCCUCGGGGAGUCGCGGUCACGCACCGCCCACCUGGCAGUCAACAACGAUGUGGUCGAAAGCGAAGCGGAAGCCCCAAAGUUCCUGCGUACACCGGUGGAUCCGCACGAACUGCUCGAGGGUGAACCAAUCGUGCUGGAUUGUGUUGUUACCGGUGCACCGACGCCGAGCAUUUUAUGGAAAUUCAAUAACGAAAACAUCCAGAACGGGCGCAUCAAGCUGUUUGGCAAUGGUUCACUGAUUUUGCCAAUGUCGACGCUCGAUGACGGUGGCAUCUACACCUGCUGUGCCGGUAACGCUCUCGGCAACAUUUCGGUCAACGUGACGGUGUUGGUGAACGCUCGACCGCUUGCAUCCAUCACCACCUCACCGACAGCAUCCGCAACCGCGUCGUUGGCCACCGGUACAACGAACGGCAACCCAACCACCGUACAGCCACCAAAUAGUGCCACACCGCUGUCGAAACCAUCCCCAAAACCGACCGAGCGUAGCAAUGCCAUUCCGGGCGAUUCCGGAACCGGGGAACAUGAGGCACCUCCGAGAAUAGUGCUCGGCCCGGAAAACCAGAACGUCAAAAUCGGCUCAACCUUGACGCUGGAAUGUGAAGCGGACGGGAACCCGCUGCCGCACAUCUGGUGGAAAAAGGACGGCCUGCCGGUGAACGAAACGAGUCAGGUGUACUUCAUCGACGAUGCGAUCGAACUGACCAUCGACCAUGUGGACGAAUCGGACUCAGGCACGUACGUCUGUGUGGCCGAGAACGAGCUGGGCAUUGCCGAGGUCGAGGCGGAAGUGGUCGUGAUCAACGUGGGCCCACCACGAUUCCUGUUCGAACCGUACGAUCUGGAUGCCAUCGAGGGCACUACCGUGGAGCUGCCCUGCAAAGCGGAGAACGACGAUAUACUUCAGAUCAAAUGGCAGAAGGAAGGUCGCACCAUAACCCCGAAAGACAAGUACCGUAUAUCAUCCGCCGGCAGUUUGUUCGUCGCUAACAUCACGCUAACGGACGAGGGCCGGUACGAGUGUUCGCUGUUGAACAAGUACGGCCGUGCGACGGCCAGCGGUAUGCUGACGGUGAAGAAAAAGGCGGAAGCACUGCCGGGCGAUCAGUACGUGCGGAUUGCGAUUGCGGAAGCAUCGCGGGAGGUGGAUAUGGCCAUUAAUCAAACCAUCGGGCGUAUGUUUGGGACGGGCCGGAACACAACGCGCUACCACGACGAUCUGUUCCGCAUCGUGCGCUUCCCGACCGGUCCCGCCCGCGAGAUUGCCCGUGCGGCCGAAGUGUACGAGCGGGCGCUGGUCAUCAUCCGGAAGCACGUCGAGAGUGGGGCCAACCUAACCACCAACACCACCGACUUCUGGUACCGGGAUCUCCUGUCGCCCGAGUAUCUCGACCUGCUGGAGCAGCUGUCCGGCUGUAUGGCGCACCGCGUCACACCGAACUGUUCCGAUCUGUGCUUCCACUCGAAGUACCGCUCGCUCGAUGGAACGUGCAACAACUACGAACAUCCUGCCUGGGGUUCCUCGCUCACCGGCUUCCAGCGGCUGCUGCCGCCGGUGUACGAGAACGGGUUCAACAGCCCCGUCGGGUGGAACCGUUCGGCCGUUUACAAUGGGUUCCAACCACCCAGUGCCCGACUCGUCUCAACCAGCCUCAUCUCGACCAGCACCAUCACACCGGACGCUCGCAUCACGCACAUGGUGAUGCAGUGGGGACAGUUCCUGGAUCACGAUCUAGACCACGCCAUACCGUCGGUAACAUCGGAAAGCUGGGAUGGUGUUGACUGCAAGAAGACUUGCGAGUACGCGGCUCCGUGUUAUCCCAUCGACAUUCCACCCGGCGAUCCUCGCAUCAACAAUCGGCGCUGUAUCGACUUUGUGCGCUCGAGUGCGGUGUGUGGUUCCGGCAUGACGUCCAUCUUUUUCGGCAGCGUUCAACCACGCGAACAGAUUAACCAGCUGACGUCCUUCAUCGAUGCGUCCCAGGUGUACGGGUACACCGAGACGUUCGCGCAGGAGCUUCGCAAUCUCACCACCGAGCAGGGUCUUCUGCGCGACGGUCCACACUUCCCGGGCCAGAAACCGCUGCUGCCCUUCUCCGCACCGACCGACGGAAUGGACUGUCGGCGGGAUUUGGACGAGAGUCAGAUCAAUUGCUUCACGGCCGGCGACAUUCGCGUGAACGAACAGCUCGGUCUGACGACGAUGCACAUUGUGUGGAUGCGCGAGCAUAAUCGGCUGGCGGAACAGCUGCACCGCAUCAAUCCCCACUGGGACGGGGACAAGCUGUACUACGAGAGUCGCAAGAUCAUCGGGGCUAUCAUGCAGCACAUCACCUACGAACACUGGUUGCCGCUGGUGAUCGGAGAGCGUGGAAUGGCUCAGCUGGGCGAGUACCGGGGGUAUGACCCGAACGUGAAUCCGACCGUGUUCAACGAGUUUGCAACGGCUGCCUUCCGGUUCGGGCACAGUCUCAUCAAUCCGAUCCUUCACCGGCUGAACGAAUCCUAUCAACCGAUAGCGCAAGGACAUCUUCCACUGCACAAAGCGUUCUUCGCACCGUGGCGCUUGAUGUACGAGGGUGGCGUCGAUCCGCUGCUCAGGGGACUGUACAGUGUGCCGGCGAAGUUGAAGAAAUCCAACCAAAACCUCAACACCGACCUAACGGAGCGCUUGUUCGAGGUGGCACACGCCGUCGCACUGGAUCUGGCCGCGAUCAACAUCCAACGAUCGCGUGAUCACGCCCUGCCCGGGUACAACGACUAUCGGAAGCUGUGCGGUAUGAAGGUAGCGAAAGGCUUCGACGAUCUUCAGGAGGAAAUAUCUGACCCGGCGGUGCGGCAAAAGUUGAAAGAGCUGUACGGCCACCCGAGUAACGUCGAUCUGUGGGUUGGCGGUAUACUGGAGGAUCAGCUGCCCGGAGCGAAGAUGGGUCCGCUGUUUACCUGCGUUCUGGUGCGGCAGUUCCGUGCACUGCGCGAUGGCGAUCGGUUCUGGUACGAGAACGAAGUGUUCAAGCCGGAACAGCUGGCCCAAAUCAAGCGCGCCUCACUGGGACGCAUCGUUUGUGACAAUGGCGACAACAUCACAACCAUCACGGACGACGUGUUUGUGUUGCCGGCCAAGCAGGGUGGCUACAAGCGUUGCGAUGAGAUACCGCAGAUUAAUCUCGAGCACUGGGUCGACUGUACGGAUUGUUCGCGACACCACAAGCGUUACGAACCGCUGAUGCGUCAGCGAAGGUCGGUGAACCGGGCUAAGCGUGCGCUACCAGCUGCCGGCAAGCCAGACGUUACGAAGCAGCACAAUGAGCUGGAGCGACCACUACCGGAAGAUGAGGGACAUUACGCACUGAACGAUAACCAUCUCGAGCAGUUGGAGGACGAUGCGUCCUUCGUUGAUGACGACAUGAACGAAGAGCGGAUCGAGGGUUUGGAGGCACUGAUCGAAAGCUUCCAGAAGUCGAUGAAGCAGAUGCGACGGAAGAUACGCCGGCUGGAGCAACAGUGCUCGGCAGCGGUGCUGGCAGUGUCUGCCGCUGGCGGUAACGCUGGUGCUGGGGGUGGUAGUGCGAACCCAGCCAAAGGCAAACCACACGGACAUUGCGUGGACAGCAAGGGCAUUAAGCGGUUAAACAACGAAAUCUGGAUGCGGGACGAUUGCACCAAGUGCGAGUGUGAGCAUCAUCAGAUCAGCUGCGAGACGGAGAAGUGUGCGGAGCUCAUCUGCGAGAACAAGCUGGUGCUGGUGAAGGAGCAGGGUAAAUGCUGUCCGGCAUGUGUCGUUUCAGACGACAGCGGAACCAUGACCACUAUCAUUAAGGAUACGCCGUAAGGGGACGGCGCUGAGAAGAGAUGGGAAUCCGCAUCGUGCUGUCAGUUGAUCAAGUCAUCACAUCUUGGAGUGGAAUUCUAGCGAACUGGACUGAACUUGAUCGUCGCGAGUGUGAUCACAGUGGAAGUGAUCAUGUUCACCAGAUUACAGCGAUAUCAAAUAUUACUGAACUGUAGAAAAAGGAACAAGGGUCAAGAUACAGAGAGAGAGUGUGAGAGUGAGACCAGCCAGCUAGUUACCGUAACUAUAUCCCUAAUCAUGUGACUCAGUUAUGUGCCACAGUACACCUUUCCGUCGAGUUGUACUUUUACAUUAACGUCGAUAGACGUUUUCCGUUCCCUUAGCUGCAUUAAGCGUUAGUGUCCUUGGCUUAGGCAGCCCUGUAGGUUGUCUGAGGUAGGACCCUUGGGUAGGUUGUGUCGUAGGCAAGAUUAUUAGACUACUAAACCUUUCCUCGGUGCGAAUCGAUAUGUAUGUUUCUUUCGUAUGCAAUACUCAAUUUGCCAUCCUACUGUAAUCCGUUUUCGCGAGAAUCGCUUGGCCCUUGGUUAUCCAACGGUUAGAGAACUGAUCAAAUUGACAAAACUAAACACAUUUGCAACGUUUUACAGUAAAAAAAAAAAACACCCACAAAACAACGCCUCCGUAUGAAGAGCAUAGUAAAGGGAAGUAAACACAUAGUCUCUACAGUUUAUCGAAGUUUCCAAACUAGUUUUAGCGCGAUUACAGCCAUUUAUAGCAAGUUUUAGUGGUAAGAUUUCUUCGCUGAUGGGAAGACGCCGUAACAGAUCGGUUGCCCCCCAUCAGCGCACCGCAUAGUAAUCACAGGUCAUAGAUCAGUUUGUUUUUGGUGUGAAGACAAACCCCAAUCAGGACAUGGUCACUAUAUCGAGACGCGAUUCAACACGGAUCCUCUGUCCACUUACGAAAGCUCAUCUAAAGCGGUGCCAAACGGGAGUUCGUUACAAAUGGACUUGCCACUACCAUGCGCGACAGCAUAUCGUACACGUCUCUGAAUCAGAUGCUAUCUUACCGGGUUUGAUGACGACUACUACACUAACGAUUCUUACUUACUGUAAAUACUUUUUUAAACACGUUCCAUUUCAUCUUGACUAGGGGCAAACGAAAGGAUAUUCUAGUAAACCCUGAUCCGCACUACACGAUCAAACACGCUACAUCUAUCGGACAGUGGCAUCCAGCAUUGAAUCAAUAAAGAGGGUUGUUCUCGAUUAUACUGGGAGCGGUGAAACGCAGGGGAGGGGAAAUAGGUAGCCGGAUCAGGUGGCAAACGUUAGGCUAAAUUUUAUUCGAAGUGAAGAAGCAAACAAAACCCCCGAAACUGGACCGUGUAUCUUCCUCGAUAGGCAUUAUUGAGCGCGAGUAACGCUGUGGAACGAAAAUCAAACCAAUUAUAGUAACAACCACUUACUGGAGAAAAUUUGGACAGGAAAAU